UAAUUUCUUUAAUUUAGGAAAAGUAGUGGUUUUGGAAGUAUAUAUAUAUAAAUUACCGCCACUUCUUUCAAGUAUUUUAUGAAAAGAUUCUAAAUACAUUAAUAAAUCCAUUUGUGAAUAUUAAAAUUUCACCAUGAUGGUAAAACAGAUUUGUUGCAUUGGUGCUGGAUAUGUUGGUGGUCCUACCUGUAGUGUGAUUGCUUUAAAAUGUCCAGAUAUAAAAGUUGUUGUAACUGACAAAAAUGAAGCAAGAAUAAAAGCAUGGAACUCAAAUGAAUUACCUGUUUAUGAACCAGGCUUGGAUGAGGUUGUUAAGGAAUGCAGAGGUCGUAACUUGUUUUUUACAACUGAUGUUGAUACUGCUAUUAGAGAAUCGGACUUAAUUUUUAUUUCUGUCAAUACUCCAACAAAAACAUUUGGAUUUGGAAAGGGCCGUGCAGCAGAUUUGAGGUAUAUUGAAGCUGCUGGGAGAAGAAUAGCAGAAGUUGCUAAAAAUAAUAAAAUUGUUGUUGAAAAAAGCACUGUUCCAGUUCGAGCUGCAGAAAGUAUUAACAGCAUUUUAAGAGCUAAUACAAAACCUGGUGUAUCAUUCCAAGUUCUUUCCAAUCCUGAGUUUUUGGCUGAAGGAUCUGCUAUCAAUGAUUUGUUGCAUCCAGAUCGUAUUCUUAUUGGAGGUGACCAGACAGAAGAAGGAAACAAAGCAGUUCAAGCAUUAUGCACAAUUUAUAAACACUGGAUACCUGAGAAUAAAAUAUUGACAAUGAAUACUUGGUCAUCGGAACUUACAAAAUUGGCUGCAAAUGCAUUUUUAGCUCAGAGAAUAUCAGCCAUUAAUUCAAUAUCAGCAAUAUGUGAAGCUACUGGUGCUGAUGUCAGUGAAGUAGCUCAUGGAAUAGGUACUGAUAGCAGAAUAGGACCAAAAUUUUUAACUGCAAGUGUUGGUUUUGGUGGUAGCUGUUUUCAGAAAGAUGUCUUAAACAUUGUGUAUUUAUCCGAAUGUCUCAAUUUACCAGCUGUGGCUGCAUUUUGGCAUCAAGUUAUUGAAAUGAAUAAUUUUCAAAGAACAAGAUUUGCUCGUCGAAUUACUGAAAACAUGUUCAAUACAGUAUCAGGAAAAAAUAUUGCAAUUUUUGGUUUUGCAUUUAAGAAAAAUACUGGUGAUACAAGAGAAUCUCCUGCAAUAUAUGUUUGCAAGCACCUUUUAGAAGAAGGUGCAAAUUUGCACAUCUAUGAUCCAAAAGUCCACGAACAACAAAUAUUGUUAGAUCUGACAUAUUCUGAAGGAAUUGAGGAUUCAUAUAAAGUUGAAGAACAAGUUUUAACAUUCUCAAGUCCAUAUUUAGCUGCUCAAAAUACUCAUGCUAUUGUUGUUUGUACUGAAUGGGAUGAAUUUUUGGAAUUAGAUUAUAAAAGGAUUUAUGAUAGCAUGUACAAACCUGCUUUUGUAUUUGAUGGCCGUAAAAUGUUACCUAUUGAAAAUCUCCAGAAUAUAGGUUUCCAUGUAGAAACAAUUGGUGUGAAAACGAGUCGAAAACAGAAUAGAAAUGUGGCUGAUUGUAUCAUGUGAUGACAAUGAUUGAAAGAUUUAAAAUUAUUCCCACAGUGCCUUUUGAAAUAUUGACUUCGGCCAGUAUAUUUGAACUUCCCCACUUUCAGAUUAUUCAGGGUUAUUGUUAUCAUACAAGAAUAGGGUAUAAUCUUUGGUGCUUAAAAUUUUUAGAUGGUAUACUUAUUCCUUUUUUAUUAUGAUUUGUAGAACAUUUCUUUUAUAACUUUUCUUACACUAGCACUUGAACCUCUUUUAUGUAUACUUAUCUUUUGUACUUUAUAGCACAGUUUUGUUCUACUUAAUUUGCUGACAUGAAAGAAAAUCGAGUUAAUUCAGAAAUUUGAGUUAUAAAUUGGGUCUCGGCUAUUUUUAUCAUUUUAAUACUUAUAGAACCUUUUUUUUUUUUAUAUAAUUUUGAAUACUAUUCAUUAACCUAUAUGUGCUGAAAUUAUAGAAAGAAAAAAAAAUUCUUAUACAUUUAUUUUUAUAAGUUUGAUUUGUUGUAAAAACAUAAGGUUACCCUUUGGAAAUUUUUUAAUUAAGAAAAAUGCUUUGAUCACUAUAAAAGUUUAUCUUAUUACCUAAUUAAAAUUACUUGGUGUUUGUGUAUGUGUAAUAAUUUUUAUAUUGCAUUGUAACUAUUUUAUUUUCAUUAUGUGGUAAAUUUUUUGUAUAUAUACAUGAAAAUACUCGACAAAAUCAAAUUUCUGCAUUUAUUCCUUUUAUUACUCUUAUUGUACAUUAGUGCCAAGAUUUACUGAGUCUUUGUAAGAUUUAAAAAUUAUUAAUGAUCUUUUUAAUGAUGAAUUUAUUUUAUAGUUUACUACCAUAAUCUCAGAAAAUAGUUAUUAAUGAUGAAUACUCAAAUUCUAUCUUAAAAUAUGUAUUUUAAUAUCUUUGUUGUACAUAAGUAUUC